CCUCCCCCAACAUGCAUCUCUCCUCCCCCAACAUGCAUCUCUCCUCCCCCAACAUGCAUCUCUCCUCCCCGAACAUGCUUCUCUUCUCCCCCAACAUGCUUCUCUUCUCCCCCAACAUGCUUCUCUUCUCCCCCAACAUGCUUCUCUUCUCCCCCAACAUGCUUCUCUUCUCCCCCAACAUGCUUCUCUUCUCCCCCAAAAUGCAUGUCCCCUGCCCCAAUACAAGUCUUGGAUGAUGACGAAAUAGUGGAGAUUGAAUCAACCUUCAAAGGGCCAGUCAAGAGGGUAAUACUGUACCCCCCUCCUCCAGCCAGAGGGGGGAUAUCUGUCACCAAUGAAGACCUGCACUGUCUCAACGAGGGAGAGUUCUUGAAUGAUGUCAUCAUUGACUUUUACCUGAAGUACUUGGUCUCUGCAAUGCUGAAAAAGGAGGAUGCCAGCAGGAGUCACAUGUUCAGCUCCUUCUUUUACAAGCGCCUCACCCAGACAGAGCAGGGGAAGACCCCAUACUCUGAGGACCUACCUGUGAAGAAAAGGAGACACAACCGAGUGAGAACAUGGACCAGGAAUGUUGACCUCUUCCAGAAGGACUUCAUCUUUGUCCCCAUAAAUGAAUCGGCACACUGGUUCCUGGCGGUCAUCUGCUUCCCUGGCUUAGAGGACCUCCAGCAGGAGCCCCAGUCCCUUCAGCAGCAGGAACCGCUGUCUCCAGACUCCCCAUUCCCAGCCUGGUUGGAGGAAGUAGAGAGCGACCUGGACAAGUGCUUCCUGAUGGACUUCACCUCCCCCAACCCCAUGUCACUGUUUUUCAGCCCCCCCGGCAGCAGCACCAGGGGUCAGCCAGGCCCAGAAGCCUCAGACUGCGACCUCACCAUAGGGGUGAGGCUGCGCGUAUGCUCAAACGGUGGGGGAGGAGAGGAGCUGUGGUCGGGCAUGAAGGAGGUCUGUGUGAGCCCCACCACCACCGGGGUCCAUGGUCUGGGUCUGAUAAAGAAGCAGCAGCUCCUCUCAGAUGAUUGCAACAGAUCUGAAAUAGAAAAGGAUAUCUUUGCCUUUUCUCCUGUUCAGGAUUCAAAUCAGGACCAGUGCAAUGAGAGUAAACAGCAGGACAGUGUUGAUGUCUCCUCCCAACCCACUACCAGUAAACAACCUUGUAUCCUGAUCAUGGAUUCCCUAGGAGGCCAUGCGAGGUCAGGGGUCGUGAAGAUCCUGCAAGAAUACUUAGAGGUUGAGUGGGAGGUGAGGAAACGCAGUCUGAGGAGUUUCUCUAAAGAUGCGAUGAGGGGCUCAAACCCCCAGGUCCCUCAGCAGGACAACUACAGCGACUGUGGCGUUUACCUGCUUCAAUAUGUGGAGAGCUUCUUCCAGAAUCCCCCACAAGAUUUUGAGUCGCCCAUGGACCUAAAGGAAUGGUUUCCACUGAUGCGGGUGAAGCGCAAGCGAGCAGAUAUCAGGAAGCUCGUCCUCAAAAUUCAACAGCAACAAGAGGACACAAAUGACUCAUAACCUUCAUUAAAAGGAUAUACUAUUCAACACAAUCAAAUUCGCAAUCAUUUGAUUUGGUGGGGUUAUUUAGUCUCCCUUGGUCCAAUGGACCUGGCUCAGAGUGACAGUACAUUUAGUUCCUUUACCUCACUCUGUAUCGCAUUGUUACUGUGUGUGUGAAAUAUAUAUAUAUAUAUAUAUCACCUUUUUAUUUAUUUUUUAAGGCAUAAUAAUUUUUCAUAGCUGCACUUGUGACUAAGUAUCUGUGUUUUGCUAUGUUUACAGGUUUAUUGGUUGAUAGAAUGGUGAUGAUUCUUCCCUUAGUUGUCGCAUCACAGAUUAAAAUCGCAUAUAAAUAGAGAAUGUCUGUGAGGAUGGAGCUUUGUUCUAUAAAGGGUUCCGGUUUAUUCUUAAUGUCCUGUUAUGUUUGAAAAAUGUAAUGUCAGACAUGAGAUUGUUGUAAUACAUUGUUUUGUACCUUUUGGAAUGUCUCUUAAGUUCUCGUAGCGCUUGAAUUAUUUGUGAGGGGCACUUUGUUGGAUUGCCCAUCUGUUGAGCGAGCAGCCUAGCAUUGUUACAUUUCAUUUGAAGUAGAAGAAAGUAAGUGAAAAAUAAA